AUGCUCUCUCGCGCCCAAGUCGAUUCAGACUAUUUUGCUGAUACUGUUUGUGGGGAACGCAUACCACGUCUGUGUCAGGCCAGUUUGGGAGCUGCUGUUUAUGCCAAGUGGGAUGGUGCUUUGUCUCUGCCAAGAAGAAGACUUUGGGGAGGAACUAACUUGGGCGUACAUGUAAAGGAUCGGGCUUGGGGCAUGAAUAGACAUAGUGUGCGCAUGUAUGCAAAUUUCUCCUGGCAGAUCAGAGCUCCUCGAUCAUGGAGACAAGAAAUUUCACCAAUCUUGAGUGGAUUAUACGCUCAAAGAUGCUAG